GUAUACCUACGCACGCCUCGUUGAGCUGCACCCAUUGCGCCGCGUGCUGCAGGAUAGAAGCGCUAGGAACAAAACUUGGCACGAACCUGUGCAAAACCUCUUGGGACCCCCGACCGACCGACCGACUGGCCACUUUGAGGGGUCAUAUACAGCGCCCAUAUCCCCCAGACUUUGGUUCAGACUUUGGUUCAGACUUUGGCUCCGACUUUGGUUCAGACCGACUUGUAACAUGAACGUGAAACGCCGCAAAGGCCCGUUGGUUGAGGCCUUGAGAGUACCUACGCCUCGACCUGUGUUACAGUACCUCGAGGCGCACGCCGGUGACUGGGUCGUGACAAAAUUUCGGGCAAUUUACUCGGGCGACAAGUCGCUCGCCUUCUUCCUAGAGAAUCGGCAGGCGGUGGUGAAUGGCCUCAUUAGUCUGCUGUGGGAGCCGUUGCUGCUGGCGGCGGCGGCGGCCGGCGUGGAUGGGCCGGCGCAACGCCUCGGCAUCCCGGUGACUAGCCGCGGUGGCGGGGGCGGUGCCGCAGCGGCGGUGGUGUGCAUCCAGUUCGAUGCCACCUUCCCGUGCGAGCUGGAGCCUAAGCUGUCGGAGCUGUUGGACGAGGGCGGCGGCGUGGUGGCUCCCGCCGCCGGUGAUAUCCCCAGCCUUCGCUGGGAGGCUGAGGCGCAGUACUCGGAGGCGGGGCCCCCCAAGGGCAAGCGGUGGCUGCGCGUGAGCGGCCUGCCCCACGGACUGCCCGAGGGACUACAGCGGGACCUCGUGCAGGACCUCUUGAGUACCCCAGUAGAGGAGAUUAAGCGGGACGUGUUCUCAUACCUGUUCUCGCAGCCCGUGCUGCAGAGUGGGCAAGUGCUGGUGAAGGUGGGCGACACCGCGCGCCUGCCAUCGGCCGACGACGCUUUCGCGGUGGGACUGGGCAGGUGGGGGCGUCAGGUGAUCUUCCAGCGGGAGGACAUCGAUCGGUACCUCGCGCAGGCGGCCCGGGGGGCCCAGGUGCGCCGGGUGCGCCGCCCGCCGCCUGCCCCGGCUGCCGCCCGAGCGGCGGCCACGGCGACUCCGGACGCGGCGGCCACGGCGGCCGCGGCUGCGGCCGCGGCUGCGGCUGCGACCGUGAGGGCGACCGCGGCGGCGGAGGCCGCGGCUGCGGCGGUCACCGCGGCGGUUGCCGCGGGCGCGGAUGCCGCCGCUGUGGGGGUGCUGAAGGCGGCGGCGGCUGCUGCCGCAGAGGCUGUGGGCGUGGGCGUGGGCGACGGUGGCGGCCGUGGUGCCGCGGCGGGCCUUGGGCUCGACGGCCGAGGCAACGGCAACGGCAGCGGCCGCGGCCGCGACGCCCGCCCGUGGCAGCAGAAGGUCCACGGCCGCGUGGUGUCCGCGGCUGCAGAGGCGGACGCGAUGGUGGUCCGGUCGCUGGUGCCGGCGGUCUUCGCCGCGGUGAUCGCGAACGCGGCCGUGGUGCCGGCGGUGGUGGUUGACCCCAACCCCUUCCGCAUGCUGGUGGACCAGGACGCGAUGGAGGCGAUGCCUGACGACGAUGAGGUGAUGCCGGACCGGACGCCGACUGCGCUGGACGCUGCGGCAGCUGCGGCCCGGCGUGCGGCCCCCAAGCGGAGCCGGGAGCAGGCGCAGGCGGCGGCCGCGGCGGGCGAGGCGGCGCUGGCGCUGGCCAUCCGGGAGAGCAAGGCGGCCAAACAGGCCUUGGCGACGGCGGCGGCGGUGCGAGCCGCCGCAACAGCCGCGGCGGCGGCGGCAGCAGCGGCCGGGGCCACGGGCACCCCGGCGGCGGCCGAGGCCGGGGCGGCCGCGGCGGUGGUCGCGACAGCAGGCGUGAGUGGCACGAUGGCCGCCGUAGAGGCCACCGCUGCGGCGGGCGUGGAGCCGGCCUCGCCGCCGGCCGCGCCGGUGUCAACGGCGGGCUUGGGGGGCAUCGUGGGCCCGGCGGUCCUGCCCACGGGGUGGAGCAGCGACGGUGGUGUGGGUGAUGAGGGCCUGGCGGGCGGCGUCGGGCAGGGGCUGCUGGGGGAUGCGGAGACAGCGCCGGAUGCCAACGCGAAGCUGCUGUGUCAGGGCCGGCGGGGCGGUCCUGGCGACUUCAUGGACGUUAAGACGCACGUUCUUGACUCGGACAUCGACCUUGUCACGGCGGACCUGGCGGCAGCCGCUCAGCGGCUGCAUGCACGCGAGUGGACUGCGUGGUGGGCGCCGGCCCAGAAGCCGGAGGGCCGUCGUGUUACUGGCGGUACGGCAAUCCUCAUUCGGUCGAGCCUCCUGCAGCAAGGCGCCAUGGUGCUCGCUGGCGGCGCAGCUGCCGUGUCGGUGGCGGCUGGCGCGUGGGCGGGCCGCGGUGUUAGUUUGCAGCUGCAGUGGGGUGGACACACCUUCACGCUGACGUCAGCCUACUUUCCCCUGGCAUCCACAGCGCAGCAGGCUUUCAUUCGUGAGUGGGUGGGCCUUCGGGCGUCGGGCUCGGGCGAGCACCUCCUGGCAGCUGACUUCAACUUUGUGGCAGAUGUGGCGCUGGACACCGUCACUGGCCGGGCGCGCAGCGACGGACCCGCAGCCGCCGCGCUGGCGGCGGCGUGCCCUGGCCUCAUUGACGUGUUACGGCGGCGCCACCCGGCUCGCCGCGUGUGUACCUUCUUCCACCCUCACGGGGCGAGUCGGCUGGACCGCAUUCUGUGCAGUGGCGGCCUCGAACCGCAGGUCCUGGAGUGCGGCGUCGCCGCCGGGGUGCCCUCCGAUCAUAUGCUUGUGACGGUUGCCCUUGCGGCGUCGCCUGAAGCCGCGCCACCCGCUCGGAGCCUGCCCAGGGCCCACCUCGGUUUCCGGGACUUCAAAGACUUGGAUCGUGACUACCGUGCCUGGCUGGGUACGGCCCUGGCGGCACGCCCUACUGAUCCUGUUGAGCUGCUGGAGUGGUGGCCGGCCCUUAAACGGGCUGCCGCCACGUCCGCCAACCGCCUGAGCCGGGAAGCUGUUACGAGGCGUGUGGCCGCCAGCCAGCGGGAGGCGGCCGCGCUUGAUGCGGCGGCAGCAGCUGCCGCCGCGGUGGAGGCUGGCGGUGAUGUGCAGGUGGCGGCGCAGGCGGCCGUGCGGGCGCGGUGCACGGCGGCGGAGGCCGCCGUGGCCGCGGCCGCCGGCGCGGCGCGACGUACGCGCCACGCGUGGCUGCGUGGCGGCGAGAAGCCCUGCCCUCUCCUCACGCGCAUGCUGCGGCCGGCGGGUGGGCCGCGCGUGAUUGCCAAGUUGAAACAGCCCAAUGGCACCACUACAUCCGACCCGACGGUCAUGGGGCAGGUGAUGGCGCGGUACUGGAGGGACGUCAGUGCCGCGCCGCCGCCCGCUCCGGAUGCCCGCACGCAAGUCCUGGAUGCGCUGCAACAGCACGGGCGCCGGUGUACAGCCGAAGAGGCGGAUCAGCUGGGGCGGGUUGCGGUCUCGGCGGCGGAGGUGCACCCGGCGGCAACGCCCCUGCGUUUCUUGGUGCGGGGGGCCGCGGACCGUGUGCUGAAUAAGCCGCUCACCCCGGCGGGCAAGCCGUUUGCGCGCCUGCUGAAAGCCAUGACUGCAUUGCCCGCGGUGACUCUUGUGGCGCCGCCCGAGCCGGGCGGGGACCGUGCUACAAAUGGCUCCACAGUUAGCCGCCCUGAAGGCUAAGCAUUUGCAGUAUGUGUGCGAUGCGGGUGUGUCGGGGGUGGGGGCUGCCCUGGCGGCGGGGGCCUUCGUGUGCACCUUGGCCCGCUUGUGGUCGCUGAAAUGGGAGAAUCAUCAUAAGGAAGCACUGUGGCGUGUGGCCGCCAACGCUUGCUGGGCGUUUCCACGGCAUGCUAGCGAGCGGGCGCGAGGCGUUACUGUUGACCCGUGUUGGGCGUGUGGGGUGGACAUGCAGGAUGGGGACCGGCGUCACUGGUUUUGGGACUGCACUGUUGCGCUGUCACUGCGGGAAAGUAUGGGGAUGGCUAUGGGUUUCAUGCCGGAGGAGGCUCUAAGUGCCUUCUCACGUGAGGAGUUGUGGUUAGUGCGCCCGCCUGCGGGGCUUGCGCCACCUGUGUGGGAUGUGGUGUGUCUCGCUGCUAUGUCUGCCCUGGACUUUGGUCGGCAGCGUGUGGUUAUGGCCGGGUUGGCGGCGCGAGCGAAGCUGCCGUCGGCCCGGGUGCUGAGCAUUGGACUUGCCGUCGUAGCUGACUUCUGGGGUCGUCUCCAGACGUUUGUGACUUUGGGUAUCAGGCCAAAGGGUUGGGACGCUGUGCCGUUUGCGCAUCCCUUCAUGUCUCGGGCUGUUGGUGACGGCAUGGUUUUGCGCUUGCCGUAUGAAGCUGAUUCCCCGCCCCCCUCGCCGUGAGAGGUUGUGCGUGGUUGGUGGCUCUGUGUGUGGGCAGGAUGCACGUGUGGGCGACCGUUCUAGUACCUGGACGCUUGCGCCCUGGUUAGUGCGUGCGCUGUGCGUGUGUCCUGCGGCCUAGACGUUUCCCGGCACUCCUGUGCCUAGGCUUGUGGCGUUGAGGCACAGCGGUGGGGCUCUGGCGGGUUGAGGCUUGGCUAGGACUCACUGUGCGCGCGCGGAGUCACACGGACUUUGCCCGCGGGAGGGUUUGCAGCAAAGUCGGGGUUGGGCCCUGAUAGCAUGUGAUGGCUCGGCGUCUUCGGGAGCUGGGACUGUCCCCUCUGUAACAUCCGCAUCCAUAACUUUGCACCCAGAAACCCAUUUUCGAUUUUGAAAGCGGAUUCGUGAUUUUCUCGUUGAGCUCUAUCCAUUUGAGGCAUGGGGUCUGUUUCGGAAGAUUCUACCCCCCCCCUGGGGCUCAGCCCCUUUUCCCGUGACCCGGGAACACUUGUCACCGCUGUACCCAACCCCGCUAGUUUCAUUGGCAACAUCUGCGCUCCACACAACAAGACGCGAUAACACCUUGCAACGCACAUUCAGGUCCUGAAGGCGACGUUAGGCUGCGACUCAGCUAUUACUGGCAGAACGUGCGGUGUUGAUUCGGGUGCAUGUCCCAGCAUGUACUGAAGCUGCAGCUGUCACCAGGGCACGGUGGUGUCUUGCCACUUGCGUGCUUGCGUCAUUGUGGCCGUGUCACCAGCUUUA